GUGCUUCCGACUGCACUGCGUGGUUACCAUGGAAACACAUCCUGGGUUUGUUUGGCCCAUUAAUGUGUCCAUGGUCUGGACGAACAACACUAGGCAUGAGUACAAAUGCAGUUUUCUCCCUUCAAAACCAGUCCACUGCUGUUGCCUCUGGGGGCAAGAUCCCCGUGGAGCACCUGGACUAUGAUUACAUUGAAACAUGCAAAGAUGUGAAGUACCUGGAGAGGAUCUUGAAAGUACUGAGGUCUGGUGAGGAGGGCAUUUAUCCUCCUCUGAUCAAGUUCUGUGAGACCCACUUAGAGAAACUAGACCCUAGGAGUCGAGCCCUCCGCAAGGAAAACUAUGCAGCCACAGCAGCCAAAGAUGAGUGGAGUCAAAUUAUUGAUGAGUUGAAGAUGUGGCAAAGAGAAACCAAAAAUAUUGAAAUUUCACUAAGACAGCAGUCACUGUUUGAUGAUCUAGUGAAUAGAAACAUGCCUCCUAUAAGAGGUUCCAAUUGUUCUGUUCCACUUAACCAGACUUCACAUUCAAAGGGAAAAGGGAGUUCUUCAAAAUGCACUCUCCCACGUGAUUAUCGAGAAUGGGACAAGUUUGAUGUGGAAAAAGAAUCGGAAAGAAUUGAUGGGAAUGUGGUCAACAACUCUCCACCAGCCACUAUAAACACGGGACAUCCUAAAAUCCAGAUAAAAGUGGAUGCCUCAUUGCUGACGCAACAGGAGAAGUUCCUCCUGGCAAAUCAUGAAAAGGACAAAGGCAACGAAGCUUUCAGGGCAAAUGAUUAUGAGGAGGCAGUUGCAUACUACUCCAGAAGCCUUUCCAUUAUACCAACUGUGGCUGCAUACAACAACAGAGCCCAGGCGGAGCUCAAUCUGAAGCACUGGCACAAUGCCAUGAGAGACUGCCAGAGUGUACUCAAGCUGGAACCAGGCAAUAUGAAAGCUCUGCUUCGUCGUGCUACUGUGCACAAGCACAUGGGCAACGUCCAGCUGGCUGCUGAGGACCUGAGGACGGUGCUUAUGAAAGAGCCACAGAAUGCUGCAGCUACACAACUUCUGUCUGAAGUAGAGAAGAAGCUGAAGGAAUGUCAACUACAGCGUCAAAGCAAAGGCAGAAAAAUCUUCAUCCAAGAAGUAGAAGAGGAAGAUGACAAAAGUGACAAUGAGACAAAGGCAGAACAAACUGUCUGCCCGGUUGACCCCAGCCAGCAAGUGAGAGGGGAGGAGAGCUCAGCUGCUCCUGUGGAAAGGGGAGACAUGGGUAACGCUCAAAAAAAGCCCCACGGCAGAGGGGACGGGCGUCCUCAUAGUGAGUCCAGUAACUCUCACCAAAGGAGCAAAGGAGGCAGCGCAGAGAAGUACAAAGGCACACAGGAGUCUAAUGAAAAGUUAGCCAAUGGGACAAGCAAGAGUGACUCGACAACUUCAGCCCAGGCUGAUCAGAGCAGCAGCGGUAAGGGAACUCUGGUUGGAGGAGUUGCAGGGGAAGCUGUCAACCUUGAUGCCCCGUGUGGAGCUCUGCCCCCUCCGCUAGCCCGGUUAAAAAAUGAAGGAAACCAGCUGUUUAAAAAUGGACAGUUUGCCAAUGCCCUGGAGAAAUACUCACACGCCAUUCAAGGCUAUACAGACUCAGGCAUUGACAGUCCAGAGGAUCUCUGUAUUCUCUAUUCCAACAGAGCCGCUUGCUACCUGAAAGAUGGCAACUGUCAAGAGUGCAUCCAGGACUGUACGAGUGCUCUGGAGCUGCAGCCAUUCUCCCUCAAACCCCUCCUGCGCCGGGCCAUGGCUUACGAGUCCCUGGAGCGCUACCGAACAGCCUACGUGGAUUACAAGACUGUCCUGCAGAUAGACAUCAGUGUGCGGGCAGCACACGACAGCAUCAACAGGAUUACUCGGUUGCUGAUUGAGCAGGACGGUCCAGAGUGGAGAGAGAAACUUCCUGAGAUUCCAGCGGUGCCUUUGUCAGCUCAGCAGCACCACAGAGAGGAGCCACCCAGUGCAGAGGUUCUCCAAGCCCAAGCAGAGAAGACUGCCAGAGAUGCAGAAAGGAAAGCAGAAGCCCAUUUUACAGCUCUGAAGCAGGAAGGAAAUGACUUUGUGAAGAAGGGCCAGUACCAAAAUGCACUGGGAAAGUACACUGAAUGCCUUAAGCUAAAGCCGGAAGAGUGCGCUAUCUACACUAACAGAGCCCUGUGCUACUUGAAACUGGAGAGGUUUUCUGAGGCCAAGCAGGACUGUGAUGCAGCACUGAAACUAGAGCCAACCAAUAAGAAGGCCUUCUACAGACGAGCCCUGGCCAAUAAAGGCCUCAAGGAUUACCUGGCGUGCAGCUCUGAUCUGCACGAGGUGCUGCAGCAGGAUCCCAGUGUGCAGGAGGCUGAGAAAGAGCUGGAGGAGGUCACAGUGCUGCUCAGACAAAGUUUGGCCACCGCCUCCCCAGCUCAGCCCAGGAAGACUGUCCCCAUCACAGAGGUUGAAAGUGAUGAGGAAACGACAGCCGUUCCCAACUCAGAAAGCAGCUUCAUAGGAGAGGACGUUGCCGUCAACCUCCGGCCAACCAACGCCUACGAGUUUGGCCAGGCUCUGAACGCAGCUUGCUGUAGCAGAAACACUGCGGCCUGUGCUGACCUGCUGGCUUCCACAGCCCCAGACAAGCUUCCACAGUACCUGAGCACCAAGCUGGACGGACACGCCAUCAGCUUCAUCAUGGAGGCACUAGACUCCCACCUCCUGGAGAAAGACCCCAGCCUGGUCUACCAACACCUCAGCUAUCUGCACACAGCUGAAAGGUUCUCGGUUGUACUGAUGCUGCUGGAGAAGGACGAGCGUCACCGCAUGACUCAGCUGUUUGAGCAUCUGUCGGCUGUGGAGAGCACGGAGUACACGAAGAACGACGUUCAGAACCUAGCCAAAAAAUACAUCUGACCUUCCUGCCCCUGCUACCGGCUGCAUGAGCUGCUGCACCACUAUAAGGCUUGGAUCUAUGUAAAAUACUGCACAAGAACUGAGUAAAACAAAGGCAGGAAGCUGUACAAUGUGUCCCAGAGCAAUACAAUGGAACAGAGCCACAUUUACCCCACUGACCUGUACUGUAAAUAAUAACCAUCUGUUUUAAAGUAGCUUAAAGAAAAUAUUUUUCUUUGCAGAACAUUUUAUGCAUAUUUAGUUUUGUACUACCACUAACCAUUUAUACUGUACAGCAGACAGACAGUGGGAAACUAUGGACCUUUCAUGUAAGUGUAUAGAUAAAUAGGGUCCAAUGUGCAAUGUAAUGUUAGGCUACAGGCAAGUGUUUCCACUUAUAGGCUGUCAGGACAAGCGUAGUUCCCAGAACUGUGCUCAGCUGAUCAGGUCAGUCAGUCCCUUAAUAACAUAGAUGAGCUGCUGUGAGAUACCAGCCAAGGUCAGAAAUGAUAUUCAGUGCAUCCUGAAUAUAACCUAGCAGAGGAUCAAUUGAGAUCAUUUGCAACUGAGCUAGUUAAGAUGUUCCUUGCUGCAGGACAAAACCAUAAGCUAAAGUACCUAACCGUUUCAUUAUGAGCGUGCACUGUAUUGUCUGGAGGAAAUAGGCCUGCAUGGUACUGUAUCUCAUGGCUGCUCUGUACAGUCAGAUGACAGUAUCUGGUGGACUGAGAGCUACUGACAGUGUUGUAGAAGAUCUCAUUUGUAAACUUAACGUGACUUUGAUGUUUGCUUUUGUUCAUUCAGCUAUGCAAUUAGCAAUGUGAAAUCAUCUUUUAAAGACAGGCAUUUGGGUCUUUUCCUUUGGGAAUGACCUAAAGUCAUUCACACUAAUUGUUUACUAAAUUAGCCUGUCUGCCAGUGCACAUCUGCAGUUUAGGCAUGCAGAUGUGUACACAUUGGAGGGAAGCAGAAUCUUGAUGAGAUGUGUGCCUUGGAUUUCAGAGCAGGGGUCAGCUUACAUGUUGAUCAGCAUAUAGAUUCUUCUUACGAGUAAUUCAGUAGCUUUUUGCAUCACAAAUCAUACACACUGUAUAUUCAUUUGACUACAUGCAUGCAACUGUUUAAAUUGCUAAUUUAAAUACACUGUCAUUGUAUUAAACUACUGAAUGUCAGUCAUCCAAAGCAGAAGACUGCUGGAAUCCAAACAUUUUAUGAGUUGUAAAUGAAUGUACCAAAUAUACUUCAGGCUGACAAGCUGGGGAAGAGACAAUAAUUACAUGUUCCAUUUUCUCCUCACUGUGAUUUUACCAUAAUAGAUUUCAGUAGAGAUGUGCAAAUGUGUACAAUAUUCACAGAGACUAGAAAAAUAAAUACCUUCUUCAUGUCUGAUGAAUUCAAAUAACUGUGUACAUUAUAGAAAUACUAUUAAAGAUGGAAUACCAUAAUUAUUUGUAUUAACCUGAAAAACUGAGAAUGACAACAUAUAACUUUUUUUUUAUUUUUCUGAUAUGCAUUUACACGCAUAUAGUAAAGCAAAUUACCAAACAAAUAUACAAAUACCUUAUGUCAUUCUGCACAAAUUACAAAGCACAUCUGGCACUAGUGUUCAAAUUAGGAUCAAAAAGGUUGGGUUUUGUUGAGGAAUGAGAAACAGAACUGUGGUGGAAGAACAAAAUAUUCUGCUUUAAUGUGGGGAAGAUUGCAGCAUGUAGCCUCAUCCACCGAACCAAACCGAAUGUGUAUUCAGUAACGGACCCAGGUUAAAAUACCUUUCAAGAUGUUUUUGCUUACAUGGUAGAGGUUCACCUGAGCCAACUCAGCAGCCUCACUACAGCAGACCACUGAGCAGUAAAGACAGGCCUCAGCAAACACUGACAGGAAGUGUGCAACAGCACCUAAUGGCAAGGCAAACAGGAGUCACCGGAUAAAUCAAUAGAGGGUAACCCAUAACAAACCCAUGUAUCCCUAAUAACCUUGUGCAUUGCAGAACAAUGUAAUAACAAAUACAGAUAACAGUGCAGGUGCCUUGGGCUAUUGUGUGGCCUCAGUUAUUUGCGUAGCAUUUGUGAAUCAUGUAUGAAAGUCUGUAUGUGUGUUGUGUUCAUUCACCCCCACGGUGUAAAAAGGAUGCUCCAUACUGUGUCUACAGGUGACAAGUCAAAGGUCUAGGAUCUAACAAGAGCCUGAGUGCUAUCUUUGGUAGGCAAGUGAAAAUUCUUCAUUUACCAAGUCCACCACAGUAGGUUGAAGAUAUGGAUGAGCAUCCCUUCGACACAGACACAUUCUGUAACCUAUAAUGAGUUGCAGUUUGGAGCCUUGAAGACACAGCGGAGAGAGAGAGAGAGA